AUGCAGGCCUUCGUCCCCAAGAACCGGAGAAUCAUUGACCUCAAUAAUGUCCCCCUCGUGAGCGGUACCGCUUUCGUCAAAUGGCGCCUACCGUCAUCUAGUGCGCCUGAACACCACGGCCACACAGAUAAGGCGAUCAUCAUAGAUCAUCGGGCAUCUUGGAACUAUGAGAAGGUCCUGCAGGUCAGGCUCACCAUUGACCGCAACCAGACUCUACACGAAUGCGAAUUGUACUUCGAAGUCAUUCAAGAGUUUGAGUCAGGGGGGAACAGUGAGAAGAAUCUGCUAGGGAGGAUCAGACUCAAUCUUUCCGAAUAUGUGGAUAAGAGUGACGAUGACGAGGGCAUCGUCCGGAGAUACUUGAUGCAGGAUAGCAAGAUCAACAGUACACUUAAAGUUGGUAUAGCUACACGCCAGGUCGAAGGGGAUCGGAACUACAUUACGCCGCCUCUCAAAUCAGCCAUGGUCUUUGGCGGAAUCGCUGGGGUUGUGUCCUCGGAACAGGGCGAACACGACGAUCUGGGCCGGCUUCCCUCGAUAAACACCCAGAGCCGCGAAGUGACAGAUAUGCAAGACAUGUACCGCCGCACACUGGCCGCGUCUUGGAAUUCGCGGGCGGACGAUUUACCGGCCGACAAGCUGAUCGAAGAACUGUUCUUCGGUAGCAUUAGCUGGGCAGAUGGGCAUGAUGCCCGUGCAGAGAAAUCAGUCGAGAAUCAGGCAGAUCGACUGUCACCACAUGGGCGCUCAAGCGUAAGGCAAGCUUCAUCAGACAAUCGAUUGUCUCCUUCGAAUUUUGAGAGGCGACCAAGGAGUUCUUCAAGCAAUCAUUAUCGCAACGAUGUGAAAGGAACAGACUUUGCCCCAGCCGCUGAUCAUACACGGAAAAGCGGAAGCAUAGAACAGCAACUGUAUGACAAUCCCAAAGGCAAGGCUUGGAAGAAUCGUAGUUCGGAAUUUGAACUGUCCGAGUUCGAUAAUGUUGGGGUAGAUAACUGCCCCAUUUCAGAUUGCAUCAAUCUGAGCUUCAACUUUCCAUCCCGGGCUUUUCUUGAACUCCGGUCUGGUGCAUUUGGUUUCGUGGUCCAUAUGCUGUCUCGAUCUUCCAACAGUGCAGCAAGUCUUCUAGGCUGCCGGCUGCUCCCAGAAUGCAGAGCAAGCUUACUCCCUCCCUCCUUGCGCCGGCAUAAUGUAUCUAUCCGGUUCGAAUCCACCGAAACUGAUGCGAAUCACGAGGAGACGCCGCCGCAACACGUAUCUUCGCGCCGUACCCCUGGCCACAACCGUCUCCAGCACCACCGACUCAAACGGAGACUGGGUAAAAAAGUACCCAUUUCUGUGAGCUCGCUUGGAAAUCCUGGUGAGGUCGUAGUGGUCAAGGACCGGCAACGCCGUCGACUACGCAUAGCCAAGGAUGAGCCGAAGGAGGUCACCGACGAAAAUGCCCUUCCUCUCUUUUUGAGGGAAAUCGACAAUGACGAUCAAUUUGUUGAUAGCGAGCUGCUCAAAACUCGUGUCGAAAGUUUCCGUCUCGAUUAUGAACCUCAUCACAAGUUACCCGUUGCCGAUUGGACGGCGCUCCGAAACGAAUUCCAGGCGUCAUUUACCUACCGGCAGUUAUUGGACUAUAUAAUAGAAUGGAAGGAGAAUGAGUUGGACAGGGACGGAACACCAGAGACGACGCCCACAUGCUGGACGCCCGGAGUCUCUGAGUUUCUCGAAAGCAGUUAUCUUUCCCGAAAAGGUGUCGCCGAUAGAGUUGCAGCGUCGCAAGGUCUCAAGGGAAAAUUUUUACUGGCUGAAAGAAUACUCCGUGACUGCUGGCAUCUCGGAGUCCUUGAUGAAGUCGGUCAACUAGAUAUACAGCUGCCGACGCAUAUACUGUCUUUGCUCCUCAGUUCGCAGCAUUUCUCUUUCGAAGAAUUGGCCAACAUGCACGACGCAAAGAUUGAUGUUACGCAUUCGCUUGGUCUUGUGAGGAUCACAGGAAUGCAACGUAUCUGCGAAUCAAUCAGUGAGAUUGUACACGAUGCCAUAGCCAGGGUUCGACAAGAAAGCAUUGAAUUGCCACCUGACGAAACGAAGACGAAAGUCAACAACCGCAUCUACACUCCAGAGUUUCUCUCGUGGGUGACCAAAACCUAUAGAGUAGCAUUCGAACAAAAUACACCACAUACGCCAAGCCAAAUCUACUAUCUUGCCGAAGACAAACAGGAUGCAGAUAAUGCCCGUAGGGCCCUGCACCUUGCCUAUUACAGUGGAACUGCUCCUGCUGUACCGUUCAGCACAUACCUACCCUCAACUGAGCCAGCCAGUGUCCAUGACAUUGAUCCUGAGAACAACACGUCAUGGUUCGAGAGGCAAAAGGCGUGGUUCCGAUGGGCCACACCAGCAACGCAGUCUGACGAGGUAAAGCCCUCAGACACGGUAAUGUUCGAUAACCAUCAAACUCGGGUAUCCGACGAGCUUUUCAAGCUACUUCGACAGAAAUCAUCCGUCACUCAUCAGGCACAUUCUGAAACUGGCGCCGACUUCCAUGAAUCCAUCACGGCAGCAGUCGGCAAAUGUCUCUUCCUGCGCAAGCCAUUCUUCGAAGAGAGCUCGGUCAACGCUUCUCAGCUGGGCAGAAUGUCACUCCCAAGGACCUUCACCACCGACAUCCCUCGCGCAGCGCAAUUUCUCCGCACGCUCACCCCUAAACCAGUGGACGAGCACCAACAAGCCUACCGCUUCCGACUCGUCCCGUCAGCUCUUAAUGCCAGCGUCUUCCCCCAACUCGAGCUAGAAGUCACUGCCAAAACAAGCAGCACACCCGAAGAUGCAACCCCUGACUUCUCCAUGCGCAGCGCAAAACUCAUCCUCUCUGAAAGCAACGUCGACUACCUCCUCCCCGAGAACGGACUUGACCUCCGCUUCACCCGCAAACUCACCCGGGAGCUCCUUCCCCAGUCCCAGGACAGCGACUCCUUCUCCCUCUCAAACAUCAAGGAAUCCCUCCGGAGCCUCUUCUCCCGCACCUCCACAACAGACAGAGAACUCCCUCUUCCUCCGUUCACACAAGUCACUCUCCCCCGCGACAUCUCUCCCCGGGACGCCGCCGACAGCUCCGCAGAGUACAUCUUCCUCCCCGUCAGCGAUAUCCGGGGAACUCGUAUUCACAAGUACGAUUUCCGUGGCCAGCAGCUCAAUUAUGCUUUUUACGAGAGCGGGCCGUUCAACCCGUACCGUACCACGGACUUGUUCCUGAACAUGGACAUGACAGACGGUUCUGCGUCGGCUGAUUCCAACGUUGAUAUUUCUUCCGAGAAUGUGUCGCGGGAUGCUGCUGCGUCCAAGGAAGAGUUCCACACGUUCUAUAACACUGCUUGCGCAUUGGCUUUCGAGUUGGAUAGAGCGAGGCGCUUGGGGGCUGUUUGGAAUGAUACUAUUUGA